AUGGGUAUCCGAUUGCCAUCUCUGAUAUUUUCCAAUAACGCAAGGCAAUUCCACAGGCUGCAAUCAGCUGCGAGUAGAAAACACCAUAUGAAUCAAACAGAGGAUCAUGUGGUUCCAAAAGGCCAUUUCGCGGUUUACGUUGGAGAAGACAAGAAGCGGUUUGUGCUGCCGAUUGCAUACUUGAAUCAUCCCACAUUUCAAGAUUUGUUGCGAAAAUGGGAGGAUGAGUUUGGGUUUGAUCAUCCUAUGGGUGGCUUAACCAUUCCAUGCCAUGAGGAUGCUUUUGUUUCAAUCAUGACUUCUCGACUUCAGUUGCAGUUGCUCUAG